UCUCUGUUUCUGAAUGACAUUAUUGUGCGCUAACUGAGCUUUUCCAGCGUCGAACUUGAGACACCACAACGAACGGGUUCCAAUUGUCGCAACAAUGGAGCAGAAGGAGAAGAGCAUGGCAACCGAUGAGACAGCUAAAGUUCACUACCGUGGAUGGAAAGCCAUGCCUUUUGUCAUAGGAAAUGAGACUUUUGAGAAGCUCGGGACGAUCGGAACCUUGUCCAACCUAUUGGUUUAUCUCACUACUGUCUUCAACAUGAAGAGCAUAGCUGCUACUAAUCUCAUCAACAUUUUCAAUGGCACCGCCAACUUCUCCACGUUGCUCGGAGCUUUCCUCUGCGACACUUACUUUGGGCGCUAUAAGACGCUAGUUUUUGCCACCAUUUCCUCAGUUCUGGGAUUGCUUGCACUUGCUCUAACAGCUGCAAUUCCGAAGUUGCAUCCCCUCCCCUGUGGAUCAGAGAAGAGCAGUACAUGCCCCAGCGCUAAUGCGUGGCAAAUGGCUUUCCUACUAAGCGCGUUUGGUCUUCUAGUGAUUGGUGGUGCUGGUAUUAGACCCUGUAAUCUAGCAUUUGGUGCUGAUCAGUUCGAUCCCAGUACAGAAUCCGGAAGGAUGGGAACUACCAGCUUCUUCAAUUGGUACUAUUUCACCUACACUUUUGCCGUGUUGAUGUCGUUGACCGUUAUCGUUUAUGUGCAGUCCGACGUGAGUUGGGCUUGGGGGUUAGCCAUUCCUGCAAUUCUUAUGUUCAUUUCGCUACUACUCUUCUUCACGGGUUCAAGAAUUUUUGUGAAAGUGAAACCGGAGGGUAGCCCCCUGACAAGCUUGUUGCGGGUGAUAGUGGCUUCAAUCAAGAAGAGGAAGUUGACGUUACAUUCUCAAUCUCAACCUUGUCUCUCCCUUUUUCAUUACAUUCCCCACAGCUCUUUGAACUCCAAGCUCCCCAGCACUAAUCAAUUCAGAUUCCUCGAUAAAGCCGCUAUCAUCACGGCAGAGGACCAAAUCAACCAAGACGGAUCAGCAGUCAAUCCAUGGGGUCUCUGCAGCAUUCAACAGGUGGAAGAGGUGAAGUGUGUGGUGAGAAUCCUUCCCAUUUGGGUAUCAGCCAUGGUGUACAACAUAGUUAUAAUCCAGCAGCAGACGUACGUCGUUUUCCAAGCACUUCAAUCCAACCGGCGACUCGGAAACACAAGCUUCAAGAUCCCGGCCGCGUCCUACUCCAUUUUCAACAUGAUUGGCCUCACUAUCUGGAUCCCCUUCUAUGACAGAGUCCUAGUACCGCGGCUAAGGAAAAUCACCGGCAAAGAUGGUGGUAUCACAAUACUUCAGAAGAUGGGCUUUGGCAUGGUACUAGCAUUCGUCACCAUGAUUGUGUCGGGCAUCGUCGAAACAAACAGGAGAAAUUCGGCGCUUGCAAAGCCCAUCGGUUUCGACCCAAUAAGAGGUGCAGUUUCCUCUAUGUCAGGGCUGUGGCUGGCGCCUCAGCUGAUACUUGUGGGCAUAUCGGAAGCAUUCACAGUGGUUGCUCUUGUGGAAUUCUAUUACAAGCAGUUCCCAGAGAACAUGAGGAGCGUUGGUGGGUCCUUCACCUUCCUGGGCUUUGCUGGGUCGAGUUACUUGAGCAGUUUCCUCAUAUCCAUUGUUCACCGAACCACUGGUGGAGGAGAUGGAAAUGGCGGAUGGUUGGCUCAAGAUCUGAACAAGGGGAAGUUGGAUUAUUUCUAUUACUUGGUUACUGCACUGAUGGGCUUGAAUCUAUGUUACUUCAUUACGUGCGCUAGGUGGUAUAAGUACAAAGGCAGUGAAGACACUGUUCUUGCAGGUGACGAUGAAAAAGUGAACUCAGAGAAAGUUACCGUGUGAUCCCUCUCGAGGGUAUUGUAUGUAUGUUACUACUGACUUUCUUGUAUCAACCAAUAAGAAAUGUAAUGCAUAUCCACUCGAUAGGAUGUUCCACUUAAUGAAAGUUUCAAUGACAAUUGGGGAGUA